AUGAGCCUUGGGUGGGGAUCCUUCUGGGUGGAGCUGGGCCAGCAGCCAGAGCUGCUAUCCUGUCUCAUGCUGAGCGCUCAGUGCCGCCGGCGGGCGGGCGAGCGCGGCUUUGCUCCGCAGACUGGGCGGUGUCGGCAGAGGCUGGUGGAGACUAGGUUUGCUGGUGGGGAGAUCGUACACCAGAGGAGAAAGGAGGAGUCAGUGACCUUUGAGGAUGUGGCUGUGCACUUUACCAUGGAGGAGUGGGCUAUUCUGGAUCCAUCCCAAAAGGAGCUCUACAAAGAUGUGAUGAAGGAAAUACUGAGAAAUAUGGUCUCUAUAGGAAACAUAAGGAAACACCAAAAGAUUGAAAACGAAUAUCAAAAUUCUGGGAGAAAACUAAGGUAA